UCUCUCUUUUCUACGGCAGAGGCUCCCUCUCGGCCUAGGCGAGGAGCAAUGGCGGCUGCGGCAGCACCGGCGGCAACGGCCUCAGGAGGCGGCGGGGAGCGGAGCAGCACCCGGGACCGCCUUCUGGCCGCGCUGGACGACUUGGAGCUUCUCGCCCGGGAGCUGAUUGAAAUGUUGGCAAUUUCAAGGAACCAGAAACUUACACAACCUGGAGAAGAGACCCAGAUCCUGGACCUGCUGAUUCAGAGAGACAAAGAGUUCCAGGAAUUAAUGAAACUGGCUCUUGAACAAGGCAAGAUCCACCAUGAGAUGCAGCUCUUAGAAAAAGUGGUGGAGAAGAGGGACAGUGAUAUCCAACAGCUGCAAAAGCAGCUGAAAGAAGCAGAACAUAUACUGGCCACAGCUGUUUAUCAAGCAAAAGAAAAACUGAAAUCAAUAGAAAAGGCAAGGAAGGGGUCUGUUUCCUCUGAAGAAAUCAUUAAAUAUGCUCACAGAAUUAGUGCCAGUAAUGCUGUUUGUGCUCCUCUCACGUGGGUGCCAGGGGACCCACGGAGGCCAUAUCCAACCGAUUUGGAGAUGAGAAGCGGUCUCCUGGGUCAGAUGAACAACCCAUCAGCGAAUGGAGUCAAUGGACACUUACCAGGAGAUGCGCUUGCAGCAGGCAGAUUACCAGAUGUGCUCGCUCCUCAGUAUCCUUGGCAGUCGACUGACAUGUCCGUGAACAUGCUGCCGCCUAACCACAGCAAUGACUUUAUGCUAGAACCUCCUGGGCAUAAUAAGGAGAAUGAAGAUGACGUGGAGGUCAUGUCAACAGAUUCCUCGAGCAGCAGCAGCGACUCCGAUUAGGAACCGCACCCUGGUUUUGGACUAGCAAAAGCAGACUGCGCUUGGAACCACAUUAAAUGUUUGUUCUGCCUUCCAACGGGAGCUGCAGUACUCGGUGAGAAGCAGCAGGGACAGUAGGGACUUUUUUUGUAUUCCAAUCAUGGUUGAUUUCUUAGAAGUGGAAGAUAACAGGGCACACUUCCAGUGGCCCUGAUGCUGAAUUUAUUAAAUUGUCCAUUAGAUAAAGUUCUGGAAAAGGAAAUGUAAUGCGAACCAACUGGAAUUUACAAUUAAAAAUCUACCAUCACAUUUUCCCUGAUAGCACAUGGAAAAAGGGGCUUAAUAUUAAAGUUUUUUAAACCUGC